UGAAACUUAAUCCAGGAUUACCGGAGUGUCUGUUCUGAUUAAGGGGCAAAGUUUUGUCCGUGCGCUCCGCUGUCCUUUCCAAAGCACCUGAAAUGCGAUCCAUAGAAGCGCUUGUCCUCCUCUCCGCCUGCGCGUUAACGGCGUACUACAUCUACACGCCCGUUCCGGACAAUAUAGAGCAGAAAUGGAAGCUCAUGAUUACCGACUGCUUCUUCAGGAGUUUGAGUCACUUGGCAGACUUCAGCGAGCUCCUAGGUCUGACAAACUACAUGGACGUGAUGAUGUUCGUCACUUUCCUAGAAAGAGUGGUUCCUGUUUCAGACGAGCGGGUGAAGGUGGCAGAAGAACGUUUUGAUGGCGUGGAGGUCGUGGUCUAUGAACCCAGGCAUGAGAGAGGAACAGGCGAGAGGAGGAGAGCCAUCAUCUACCUCCAUGGUGGAGGAUGGUGUCUGGGCAGCUCUAAAAUGGGACCAUAUGAUCUCCUGUCCAGGCAGAUGGUUACAGAACUAAACGCAGUGGUCGUUUCUGUAGAGUACCGCCUGGCCCCUCCUUACCACUUCCCUGUUCCAUUUGAGGAUGUUUACCGUGUAGUGAAGUACUUCCUUCAGUAUGAUGUUCUGGACAGGUACGAGGUGGAUCCGGAGCGUGUCGCGGUGUCAGGGGACAGUGCUGGAGGAAACCUGGCAGCUGCUGUAGCACAGCAGCUGCAGCUGGAACCAAACCAGCGUGUGAAACUAAAAGCGCAGGCUUUAAUCUACCCGGCUCUACAAGCCCUGGAUUUGAACACGCCGUCGUACCAGCAGAACCAGCAUAUGCCCAUCCUACCACGCAUGCUCAUGGUACGCUUCUGGAGUGAAUACUUCACCAGUGACAAAGCGUUCUUCACCGCAAUGUUAACCAAUAACCACAACAGCGCAGAAUCUGUCGCAAUGCUUAAAUUCGUCAACUGGAGCGUCUUCCUGCCAGAAACGUACCGCAGAACAUACAAAUAUAAAACACUGUCUGUAACUACAGAUAAAACCUCGCUGUCGCUAGAGGACCCACGAGCAUCACCGUUGCUGAUGCCUGAAGCCGUGUUACGUCAGCUGCCUAAAACCUACAUACUGACGUGUGAGUAUGACGUACUGCGUGACGACGGUGUGAUGUACGUAACACGCUUGCGUCUGGCUGGCGUCGACGUGACACAUGAACACUAUGAAGAAGGCUUUCACGGUACACUUAUGUUCACGCUUUGGCCCACCGAGUUCGAAGUGGCCCGCAGAAUGACGGACAAUUAUCUGCUGUGGCUGAAGGAAAAUUUGUAAAAGGAUAUUUGCUACAGAAUUGGUUUACAUACAGUACCUUGUCUCGGAGACUCCUUCUCAGCACCGAGCUGCAUUUAGAUAAAAAAGUUGCUGUUUAUGCAUUUUGUCUGUCAGCCUGUUUCAUGUGUUUUUCGUGAUUUUAAAGGGCACAGUUUGAUUUUCCGAUGUCAUAUUAUCAGGGUGUAAUAUUUUAUGACUCAUGACUCAUUUUGGCUCGUAGCAGAGAAAAACAAAUCUGAGAAAUGAAUAUAUUUUAUUUAACUCUAUCAAUCUUUUGAUUUAUAUCAGUGUAACAAUAUGCCAGGGAUUUUUUUUACUGACAUCCUUCUGGUAAUUUCUCAUGUUUUCCACACUUUAGGCUCAACAGGGUUUGGCAAGCAGUAAAGUAAAAGCACAUGUUUUUUUCCCAAAUGUUAAACUCAUAUGGUUUUAUUCUGUUGACUUCAUUCCACCAUUUCUCUAUUCUUAAGUGCCUUAGAAAGUGUGUGCACAGAACAGCAGAGUGUGAAAAUGUAUUGUUAAAUUGUUAGAUUUCGCAAAUGGGCUAUUAUCUGAAGCAUGCUGUGAUGUAACACACUCUUAUCAAGCUGAUUUAUAGCCCCUCCCUCCCACCCCCACACACCUCCUCAUCAUUACUCCAGCUUUGGUUUAUUAUUCGAGCACUUUAGUGUUUCUAUAGUAAUGUGUAAGUCACAAGGACUUGUAUGAUGGACAGAUUUUUAAAAGAAGAUGUGUAGAAAUUUUGCAUGAAGUCUUCAGUAUCAGCACUUUGUAAGAGUUAAGAGAAACAAAAUAAUGCUGAUGAGGGAACAGCUGUUUCUAGCGACUAAAACAUAAGCGAUUACAGGAUUUAUCUUGUUUCAUGGACAUUCCAAGAGAUUAAAUGUAACUAUAAAUGGAUAAAAUAAACAGGUACAGUA